GCCACUGAGUACUGUGGCGCAGGAAAGUGACGACACAUAAAACGCUGAAGAGCCUGGUCCAUGCGCAAGGUGCAGAAGCGUGUUUGAUAUUGAUGUGCAGCCGCAGAAGAAGUUUUUUUAAGUUUAUUGUUUGUGCACCCAUGACGAAAAGGAGAGCAGAGGGGGUACUCUAUCAUGACUCGCCACAAAAAAGACUUUGCUUCCAGUCUUUGUGCACCAAUGACAUGGCGUUACCUGAUCUACGACUUGUCCCAGAUGCGGACGGUUCGUUGCUGUCUUUCUUGAGUAACCACUGCAGGAAAAGGAAUCAUGUUGAACCUGGAGAUACAUUGGACUUCUACCGGCCGCCGAAAAGGACUGUGAAAAACUUCAUAGGUGGAGAUGCCUUGACGGAUAAUGUUUAUAAUUCUGGGAGAUUCCCGAAGAUUGGCAUGCAACAGAUUGCGUCGAAGAAACGGCCUCGCGAGGACACAGAACAUCACGAGGCAGAUCAACAAAAUGCGACUGCGAAGGUAGACGAAGACGACAUGAGCACAUUCAACACAUUUCAGUUCUGGAGAGUUCCUCUGCCGGACCUCGACAUGUCUGUGCUCGAAAAUAACACCUCUCCACAACCCAUGACCCCCAAAAAUUCCAAAAACUCUGAAUCCAUGGAGACAUGAACAUCAUUGUCUGGGUCUGUCAAGAGAACAGAAAAGGAAAAAAAAGAAAAAGAAAAGCUCUGAAGAGAGCCUCAAAGAAGAGAUGCUUGUGCCUGCUCUCAAUCUCAGGAGUCAGUCUCAGGACUGUGUUGUCUGACCUGUGGUAUGCCUGAUCCACCCCCCUGAAGACCAAUAUACAGUGUAGAAAUCUAGCACUACAAAACUUGUCACUAAACUAUUGUUCUUGCUUUAAACCUUACAGUCAUUGCAUGUGAAUUCCUUGAUGUCUUCAUCUGGGGUGAAGUUGGUGUAAUAUGAUGCUACUUUAAAUCCUCAUGGAAGAUGUUUUUAUUAUUAGUAGUAGUAGUAGUAUCAUUAUUUUUUAAUUUAACAUGGUCAGUUUCUCCUGAAUAUCUGAGGUAUGGCUGCUCACUCUGUUGAGUCAGGUGUGAUGUGAGUAACCUCACCAUCUUCCUUUUUACUGAAUUGCUUUGAUAUUACAGAGCUUUGUGUUUCUUAUAUCCAUACGGCAAGAGUACCCACUUGUAGCCCUUGCAUUGCAGAUGAUUCCUCUUAUUUGGAUAUGUUCUUUAUUUUAAGUUUUCAGAUGUUUUCUUGUAAGAAAUACAAAGUAUUUAUGUUAGUGGGAAAAGUAUGUGCGUAUGUUAGAAUUUAGUGCUAUCUGCUGACACCACCAUUGCCAUGAUGUGUAUUGAGAUUGCUUUUUGGCAAAUAAAAUAGUUUUUUUUUUUUUUUAA